CCAUCUCAUGUCUGACCUUGAGAUUUCCUUACUGAUAAUCACUUACACCCUCUCUGCCCCUUACUCUGUUACUCCUGAAUCACUUCUUGCUCCUUCAGUUGCACAACUAAAAGCUUUUAAGUGCAAAAGGUUUUAAGCUUUUUUGUUUUAAGUCCAGCAAAGCCGGUACCUCCACCAUUUCAGAAAGUGGGCCCCUUUUCUUCACCUGUUCUGGUUCCUCACAGAAUUUUGCCACUCACGGCAGUUCCUGCAGCACCUCCCAGGGAUACACAUUCCCUGAAAGCUCAUUUGCCUGACACCUGCCCGUGGAGCACCUGCCACAGCUGUUCAGCCCAGGUGCUUCCCAUCUCUUCAUGCUUUAUCUGAGCAUGCUGCCAGCACCAGAGGGAAUCAGUUUGUUGCAGAGCUUGGGGAGGUAUUGAGACUUCAUUUCCAACUUCAUGAGCAAAAAGGUGAUGGCCGGUGCUGUUGACGCCACAAACUGUGAGGAGAAACAGCUUCCUAAUAAGAGAGAAACUAUGAUCUGGAAGCCCAGAAAAGAAUGUUUGCUGGACAACAUUUCAAACGUUCCUGAUAGCAAGUCUGAGGAAAGUGAAGCCUCUGAUGCCCCUCACAGUGAAGGGGAUCACAGUGUCUCUCCUGAUGACUGGUACAACGUGCAUGAGGGGGAUGGUGUAGUCUCCAGUAUACCUGACUCUCCAAAGCUGCAAAGUGCUUCUGAGCAUGAGGUGGAGGACUGGGAUAAAGAAUUGGAGGAGUCUGCAUGUGGUCCUUAUGAUGCUGAUGAUCUGUCCUGUGGAAGCUUUCAGGAAAAUAAUGUUUCCGCCUCAUACGUGUGGAAGGAGGACUGGUUUUACUACCCAAGCUGUCACCACACAGCUUCCUUUGUUUCUCCACCACCAGUCAGUAAAAAGGUUGAGAGUGGCCAGUUUGAUGAUGCAGAUGAGUGAGGCUGACCCUGGGCAGAAGUAAGUUUGGCUUCUGAUUUGGAAUGUGUUCUUCACUGACUGAGCUGUGUCAAGUCCUUUAGUUUGCUUGCAGAGUUCUGCCCAAGGCCAGAAAUGCAACACCACCUCCCAAGUUUUGCUCAGGUGCUGCUGAACUGUUCUAAACUGCCCCCACUGGGCUCUGGAGACAAGAGUGCAGGUGCUGGCUGUGACAGUGCGUUUCUGGAGGUUUUGUUAGUGUUCUGUAGAUCUAUGUUGUUACUAAUUAAUUGCUUGAGAAGAAGUGUUCAGUUUCUAAACUCAGAUUGUUUAUUUGCAGGGCUUUGUGAGUUUUGACAUGCUGGUCCCUGUGUGUGUAACUCUUAGUUUCCUCUCCUUUUCACCUGAUGCUCUCAGAUGGGUUUGGAGAGCUUUAAAAACUCUCCCUCCUUCAAGCUUCUCUGUUGUAUUUCCAUGUGGUUCUAAUUCCCAUUUGUGAUUCUGAUACUGCUUUUCAACAAAAUGAGCUGUGGCAAAUACAGAAUGAGUUGUUUUGUGUUUAUUUUUAUCUAUUCCAGUAUAAAGGAAUCACAAAUACCUGAUACACAUUUUGCAAACGCACAUGAUGAUACACAGUAGGGCCUGCUCCAUCCAGUAGGAAUGCUGGGUGCCUAAGGCUGCCUCCCAACAAAGCUUUCUCCACAUCAGACCUUCUUGUUAUAUGGGCACAUAACCCUGCAGUCCCAGUGUUGUCUUUAUUACACUCUCAUGCAGCAUCAGAUGUGGAAUGACAAAGACAUUUAUAUACAUAUUGUAGUACAUAAUCUGUGUGUCCUGCACAGUAGUGGAUUAAGGUUCCUGAUCCUGUUUGUUGUGGCAAAUGAGAUGAGAACACAAAAUACCUCCCUCAGAGAG